GCCUACCCAGGUCUGACUCGCCCUCCUCACUCCCCGGUGUUAGAUUGUGGCGCGCUAGAUAGCGCCUCGGUGACACCCGACGAUCCAUUCACUCCGCGAUGGUUCAUAUCAGGAGGUUCGCUUUUAGAGUGGCCGCAGCACUGGUAUACGUCUCGUUUGUUCAGGCACAGACCAUUUCGUCGGUCUGUCAGAGAAUCUCCAAUUCCAUAUCCCUGGCAUCUAGCGUGUUCUACGAUCCGGAACCUUCGUAUCUCGCGGAUAUCUAUCACUAUGCAGAGUCGAGCUCUCAGACGUCUGUGUGCUCCGUAGAGCCAGGAACAGCUGAGGAUGUUGGUAUUGUCCUCACCAUCUUGGGAUCUACACGGACUCUAUUCGGCAUUAAAGGCGGGGGUCAUAUCAUGAACCCUAACUAUUCCUCCACCGCUGGCGUGCAGAUCUCGAUGUCGCGUUUUACUGCCGUUGACUAUGACUCAAGUACCGGUACUGUCGUGGUCGGUGCAGGUAAUAUCUGGGAUAACGUAUACGAGGCGUUGCUGCCGUACAACGUGAACGUCGUGGGCGGCAGAGUAUCAGGUAUUGGCGUGGCUGGAUAUACAUUAGGAGGAGGAUACUCGUACCUCACGAAUCAGUACGGACUGACCAUCGACACUGUUCGUGUGUUCGAGCUUGUCUUGCCCAAUGGUACAGUCACGAACGUCACGGAGUCGAAACAUCCGGAUUUGUUCUUCGCAUUGAAGGGAGGAUACAAUAACUACGGGAUUGUCACGGGUUUCACCUAUCAAACGUACCCACAAGGCCUCGUCUGGGGUGGACAAAACAUCUACCUAGGUCAAUAUGUCGAUCAAAUCAAUGCUGCUACUGCGGACUUCGCGAACAACGUGACCGAUCCCAAAGCGGCCCUCAUAACCACAUACGAUUACCAGGACGGUGUGUUUGUCAUAUCCGUGCUCAUGUUCUAUGACGCCCCGACUCAGCCUGCUGGGAUAUUUGAUGGCUUCCUGACUGUUCCCGCGCUGUCUGCCGAUGUCUCCACCCGCGACUACCUGGAUCUCGUGCUCACCGAGAAUACGAGCACCUCCGCGAACAUGAGGGGAUAUUACAACACUGUCCCCUUGAUGGAUAUUACCUUACCACUGUUGGAAGCUGUGGUGAGCCAGUUACAGUACUGGCAAUCCAUUCUGUCAUCAGAUUCCGGAACGCUCUUCAGCUACGACGUCGAGCCGUUCCUACCAACGAUCCUCACUCACGGCAGCCCAUCAGCGUAUCCUUGGACGCGCGCUGAACGGUUUCUCCCGUUAAACGUCUACUUCGCAUGGACGGAUGCAGCCGACGACUCAGACUUCUAUAAUGCUCUCGUCGCAACUGCAGCGAACCUAACAGCAGUGGCCGUCAGCGAAGGGCAGGUCCUCGUUCCGGUCGCUCCUCAUUAUCCGAACUAUGCACUCUACGGGACCAGUCUAGCGAGCAUCUGGGGGACGUCCUUAGGCGAGAUGAUAGUGGUCAAAGAAGAGUGUGAUCCGCACAACGUCAUGGGCCUCACUGGAGGGUGGAAAAUACCGAUUUGAGCAUCUAGGCGUUGCUGCCUGUUCCUAUUACCGCAGAGUGGGCGCUAUCCAUAUUUGUUCAAUCACGUCUUCUAU